CAUCCUUUGUGGGGAAAUACAGUGAGACCAUAUUUUGAACACAUCCAAAGCUCUAGCAAUGAUGAACAAAUUAUCCAAUCCAGAGGGUCCCGUUGUGUAAUCUGCACCGCUCAUUGAAAGCAAAGACGGGAAGAGAUAUGGGAAGCAGAGUCCAUCUUCCUCUUUUCGAAACCAGGCUUGCCAACGGCCUCCUCUUCUUUCGAUUCUAUGCAGCUUCCAUAUUCAUCACCAUCUUCUUCAUUUGUUUCUAUCGACUCACCUGUUUUCCACUCCAACAAGGCAAAAUCCAGAGCUUGUCUUGGUUCGGAAUGUUCCUGUCUGAACUCUGGUUUGGUUUUUACUUCUUCACCACCGUUGUUGUCAGGUGGAACCCUGUCUUUCGUUCCACUUUCAAGAGCAGGCUUUCUUCCAGGUAUGCUGAAGAAGCUUUGCCGGGUGUAGACAUUUUUGUUUGCACGGCGGACCCCGUGAUAGAGCCACCCAUAAUGGUGAUCAAUACGGUGUUAUCGGUUAUGGCUUAUGACUAUCCGUCUGAGAAGCUGAGUGUGUAUCUGUCCGAUGAUGGGUGCUCGGAUCUAAUGUUCUAUGCUUUGUUAGAAGCUGCACGUUUUUCCCGGGUAUGGCUGCCGUUUUGCAGGAAGCUGAAAGUAGAACCCAGGUCGCCGGAGAUUUAUUUCAGGAAUACUGUUGAACCCAGUGAUGAUUCUGCCGUGUCCCAGCGCUGGUUGCUCAUCAAGAAAUCUUAUGAAGAAAUGAAGAUGAGGAUAGAAACGAUGGCAAAGUUGGACAAAAUUCCAGGUGACAUACGCAAGGAACACAAGGGAUUUCGCGAGUGGCAUUUCGUUUCAACCCGACAUGAUCAUCAAUCCAUUCUUCAAAUCAUAAUUGAUGGAAGAGACCCUUCCUCCAUGGAUAUCGAAGGAAAACCUUUGCCAACCCUCGUAUAUUUGGCACGUGAAAAAAGACCUCAUUACCACCAUAAUUUCAAGGCUGGAGCAUUGAAUGCAUUGAUAAGGGUGUCAUCCAGAAUCAGCAAUGCGCCGUUCAUCCUUAACGUAGACUGCGACAUGUUUUCGAAUAAUUCGGAAGCCAUCAGAGACGCUCUUUGCUUCUUUCUGGAUGAAGAGAAGGGACGUGAGAUUGCUUAUGUGCAAUAUCCACAGAGCUUUGACAACCUCACUGAAAAUGAUAUCUAUGGCAAUUGCUCCAGGGUUAGGACGGGGUUGGAGUUUGCAGGUUUUGAUGGGAACGGAGGACCUCUCUAUAAUGGAACCGGAUGCUUUCACAGAAGACAAACUCUUUGUGGAAUGAAGUAUAGAGAGGAUUUCAAGUUUGAAUGGAAGCCAAUGGAGUAUGGCAGAAACACUAAACAGAGUGCAAAUGUCUUGGAACAAAGUUCCAAAGCUCUUGCAAGUUGUUCUUUUGAAGAAAAUACACAAUGGGGAAAGGAGAUGGGAUUAAAGUAUGGAUCUAUAGUGGAGAAUAUACUCACAGGAUUAUCGAUACAAUGUCGAGGUUGGCGGUCCAUCUACUUCAACCCCGAAAGGAAGGCGUUCCUUGGAGUUGCUCCGAAAACACUGCUGCAAUACCUAAUACAACAGAAGAGAUGGGCUGAAGGUGACUUUCAGCUCUUUCUCUCAAAGUAUUGUCCCCUUAUCUAUGGACACAAAAGGAUCCCUCUAAAACUCCAGCUUUCAUACUGUCUCUACUUUCUGUGGGCUGUGAAUUGCUUAGCUACACUAUACUAUGUUACUGUCCCUUCCCUUUGUCUUGUUAAGGGUAUCCCUCUGUUCCCAAAGAUGUCAUGCCUUUGGGUCCUAUCAUUUGCAUAUGCCAUGAUUGCCAGUUGUAUGCAAAGCCUGGGAGAAUUUUUAUGUUGUGGAGGCACAAUCCAAGGUUGGCUAAACGAUCAACGGACGUGGAUGUUCAAAAGAACAACUUCCUACCUGUUUGCUUUCUCCGACACGAUAAUGUCGAUGUUCGGAUUCUCGGAGUCAACCUUUGUAAUCACUGAAAAGGUGGCUGAUGAGGAAAUAUCUCAGAGAUAUGAACAAGAAGUCAUGGAGUUUGGCACUCCUUCGGUAAUGUUCACGGUAUUAACAACGCUCGCACAACUCAAUCUGUUCAGCUGCACUCUGGGGAUAAGGAAGGUAGUCACCGAUGAUGUUCCGAUAAAGAUUUUGGACCAAUUUGGUUUACAAAUGAUUCUGUCCAGUGUUUUGGUGUUGUUGAACCUGCCUAUAUACCAAGGGCUCUUCUUUAGGAAGGACACUGGUAAAAUGCCUUCCUCUGUAACAUACAAAUCAAAUGUUUAUGCUCUUUUGGCUUGCACAAUAGCCAUGUACUAGGACUGAAAUUUAAAUUUUGAAAAG